GCUACCACGAUUUAAGCUUCGCAGGCGUACUCAGAUGAUCGUGGAACGUCUGCUAGGAUGGCUGGGUUCAAAUUAAAUUGGGUGUUAUUCAUAAAUUUAACAGUAUGCGUUGUAUUAUCGAUUGCCGGAAGAGACUUUUAUAGCAUCUUAGGUUUAUCGCACAGUGCUAGCACACACGCAAUUAAGAAGGCUUAUAGACGAUUAGCGAAGGAACUGCAUCCUGAUAAAAAUAAAGAUGAUCCGGAUGCCUCUCAGAAGUUUCAAGACUUGGGAGCGGCGUACGAAGUACUGUCAGAUCCUGAGAAGAGAGAAAUGUAUGACAGGUGUGGGGAGGAAUGUUUAAAGAAGGAUGGCAUGAUGAAUAGUAAUAUGGAUCCCUUUGCGAAUUUCUUCGGCGACAUUAAUUUCCAUUUCGGCGGGGAGUCGCAGCAACAGCAAACUCCCAGAGGUUCGAACGUUGUGAUGGACCUGUAUGUUACUUUAGAGGAAUUGUAUAGCGGAAAUUUUAUCGAGAUUACGAGAAAUAAGCCGGUUGUAAAGACCGCGAAGGGGACGAGGAAGUGUAACUGUAGGCAAGAAUUAGUUACUCGCAAUUUAGGAAACGGUAGAUUCCAAAUGAUGCAGCAGUCGGUGUGUUCGGAAUGUCCAAAUGUCAAGUUGGUCAAUGAGGAACGUACACUGGAGGUAGAGGUUGAGCCAGGAAUGGUAGAUAAUCAAGAAACUAAAUUUACCGCGGAAGGGGAACCACACAUUGAUGGGGAACCAGGAGACUUGAUAAUAAAAAUACAAACUAUACCUCAUCCUGUUUUCGAGAGAAAAGGCGACGAUUUGUAUACAAAUGUUACGAUAUCUUUGCAAGACGCCCUAUUAGGGUUCACAAUAGAUAUAAAACAUUUAGAUGGUCAUGUAGUGAAUAUCCAAAGGGACAAAAUUACUAAACAUGGUGCACGUAUUCGGAAAAAGGGCGAGGGAAUGCCCAAUUACGAUAAUAACAGCCUCCAUGGCUCGUUAUACGUUACUUUUGAUAUUGCAUUCCCUGAUAACGAUUUUACAAACGAACAGAAAGAAGAUAUUAAAAAGUUACUGCAGCAAAGUUCUGUGAAUCGAAUAUACAAUGGUAUACAUGGCAAUUAAAUAUUUAAAUAUGUACAAAGUGAGUGCAGAGUGUGUGUUUUGGUUGGAACGUAUGUCUUGAUCCUGUAUGUUUGUAAUAAGAACGAUAUUCUUCCUUCUUUGCUGAAGAACCAAGGGAGUUUGGUAAUCCAGCUGAUUGUACUAAAUACAUGAGUUUUGAGUACAUAUGUAAUUUUUUACGCAAGUUCAUCAAUUCAUCAAAUGUGCGUUUUAUUUAGCUGCAAAAGAGUGGAUAAAUCUAGUUCUUCUUGCCAAUUAUUUAAAUUAAUUCCCGGUUCUCGUUGCCAAUUAUUUGUUUAAUAUCAGUAAUAAAGCACAAUUUCUUUAAUAACUUAGUUGUGUUUGGCUAAAUCACGUAAAUAAUAAUAAGAAAAUGUGUGGACAGAUUUUGCAUUUAAUAUUAUAAGAGGAAAAAGACCACGUAUAAAUUAAUAAAUUACUAAUGAUCGGCCCGACAUUUGUAUUAUUAUUAAUAGUGUAAAGUUGAUCACAUUGGCAUAAACACAUGAAGACAUUUCUUUGCAACUGCAAAGAAGUUAUGAACAUGAACAUCAAUAAAUAUAUAAUAAUAUAUAGUACCAUAAUAAGAUUAAAGUAUACAUUUGUAGCCAAUUUUUUAAUUCAAAUAUAUCUAUGUAUUUUAAGUGGCAAUAUCUUGUAUAUGUAAUUUAUUAUAGCAUAGCUAUAAUCUAUUAUUACAAAAAAAA